GCAGUUCACAAAGACGGCGAGGGCCGGGUUUUCUACGGAAACUCCGGCACUGGCGAGACCACCUGGGAACACCCCUUGGAGGAGAUCGUCCGUGAGCUCGCCGGUGUCUGUCGUGUUUGCGUCACUCUUUCGCGACCCAUGCGGGAACGAUCAAUUGUCGACCUACGGGAAGCUUGGGAGGCACAAGCGAAGGAAGAGUUCGCUUUGUGGUACAGUGUGAAAGACAGUACCACAGGCAAGGAUUACUUCUGCAACUCCCGAACCGGCCAGACGAUGUGGGAGCAUCCGGCAGAAGUGCUUCUGCCUGGCCACUUCCUGAAGCUCCGCGCCGCGGACAGGCUCAUAGAUGACGAGUACCUCCAGGAUCUUGCAACCAUGGGCAGUACGUUGAACGAGGGCUCUGGACAAACCUGGAACUCCAUGAAACGGACGUUGGAAUCUGGGAUUUCCACCCGGGCAUCCAACGACGUGAAGGACGAUGCUCAUCAAGCCAUGAAGGAAGAGCUCGCCUCCACAGCCACGGAACUGCGAGCGGCCCGCGAAGAUGCUGCGAAAGUGAGGGCCCAGUUCGAAGCGCUCAAGGAGCGCUUCGAAGAAGCGAAGAGGAAUGCAGAGAAUGAGGAGAUGCUCCGGUCCAAAGCGGAGGCUAGACUUGAGCAAGAGCAGCAGAAACUGGAGGGCGUGCAGAAGGAUCUUGACAUCCUCAAGGACAAGUUUGACCAAGCUCAGAGGAGCGCACAGGAUGUGGAGCUAAAGCACUCGCAAGCAGAGGCCAAGCUCCAAGAGGAGCAGCAGAAACUCCAAAGCGCUAUAGCAGAGUGUGAAGCCUUGAAGCAGCAGCAACAGGCAUCCAACCAAAGCAGCACGGAUGCACAAGCGACCAUGAAGCAGGAGCUGGCUGCCACCACGGAGCAGCUGCAGGCCGCAAAAGACAUGUUGGCCGAAGCACAGAGGAAUGCGCAAGAAGUCGAAGUGAAGCGGUCGCAGGUACAGGUGCAACUUGAGACUGAGCAACAGCGGCUUCAAAGUGCAAUCACCGAAUGCGAGGCUUGGAAGCAGCAGGCCAUCGCCAGCAAAGACGGCUCAGAGCAGGGCAUGAAGCAGCUAGAACAGUUCUUAAGUGCACCGCGCUGA